AUGGAACAAUAUAAUUACUUUGGAAAUCAGGAGAAAGGCCACUUUUUGCUGUCACUGAGUAGAAAAGAUGGCAAUUUGAAUCGAAUUCACAAAAUUCCAGAAAAAUGGGAGCUGAAGAAACCCAGAACAACAAUUCCCAAAUGCAUAUUUACUGCGUUACCUCUGGUGACUGUAGUUUAUUUACUGGUUAACAUUUCCUACCUGACUGUUCUAACACCCAGGGAAAUCCUCUCUUCAGAUGCUGUAGCUAUCACAUGGGCUGAUCGAGUUUUUCCCUUAUUACCAUGGAUUAUGCUUUUUGCUAUUUCUACUUCACUAUUUAGCAAGCUUCUGAUUUCUAUAUCCGAAUCAUAGAGACAAAUAUAUCUUGUGAGCCAGGAGGGCCAGCUGACUUUGCUAUUUAACACACUUAAUAGACACUCCUCUCCAUUUACAGCUGUGCUACUACUUGUCAUUUUGGGAUCCCUGGCAAUUAUCUUAACAAGUCUAAUUGAUUUGAUAAACUCUCUUUUUGCCAUGAGUUCUUUUUGGCCUCUAUUAGCAAUGAUAAGAAUACUAAAGUGGAGAUACCAGGAACCCAACCUAUCUAGACCUUAUAAGGUAUUUUUGCCAUUUCCAUCGGUAGCAAUAGUCAUCGACAUGGGUCUGGUUGUGAUACCGUUGGUAAAGUCUCCAAAUGUGUAUUAUGUCUAUGUGCUUCUGUUAAUUCUCAGCGGAUUACUCUUUUACAUACAUUUAAUACAUUUUAAAAUAAGGUUGGUUUGGUUUGAGAAGAUGACUUGCUAUUUAUAAUUACUAUUUAAUAUUUGCCUGCCUGAUGUAUCUGAGGAACAGAUGUCCGAAAGUUGUAAAAGAUCUGGUUUAGAGAUGUCUUCAGAAAGUGGGAAUGUGGGAAGAUGUGGGAAGAUGUCCAGCGACCUUCAUUAUCCAGCUCUGUUCCCUGUCUCCCUUUAUCCUUCAGAGGUUGCAUCAACAGAUGUCAAAGAACUUGUCAAGUUUGAGGAACUAUCCCCUGGUGUGAUGGAGAUUCCCAGCGGAGGAGCCCCACGGGUCGACAGCGUGACUUUUGUGGCCGGUGUGGCAGUUUUGCCGGCGCCUCUGCGCGGUGGUUCUUGGUGCAGGGGAGCCCUAAGCCUUAAACCCAUCGCCAGAGACCACAGGUUAAAAUGUACAGUAGAGGUGUUUCUGAGUCCAAGCCCUCCUGUGAAGGACAGCAUCCUGAGUAAGGAGGGGAAGAUGCUUUCCAGACCAGGGGCCACACUUGGUCAGCGGCUACUUUGGUUCCAGCUGAUGGGUCUGCACUGGAGCCCUCCAGGGGGUGCCUCAGAUACCACUCAGGAUACUGAUGUGGGCUGGGCCUCCUGCAUAGAUGUGAAGCUAGGCACUUGGCUUUCCUCCUAG